AUGGCGCCUACACAAAGAGUUGUUAUUAUUGGGGCCGGUAUCGUGGGCACCAACAUCGCUGACGAGCUGGUCUCGCGCGGAUGGAAAGACAUCACCGUUGUCGAGCAAGGCCCGUUGCAUAUGCCUGGCGGCUCGACAUCACACGCUCCAGGUCUUGUGUUCCAGACCACACCUUCGAAGACUAUGACCAAUUUGGCCCGCUACACCGUUGAAAAGCUGCUAUCUAUUGAUUGCUUCAAUCAAGUAGGUGGCCUGGAAGUGGCGACGACACCCGAGAGACUUCAAGACCUUAAGCGCAAGCACGGCUAUGCCUCGUCGUGGGGGAUCGAGGCACGCCUCAUCGAUGCCGAGGAAUGCCUCAAAAUGUAUCCGCUCUUAAAUAAGGAAAAAGUUCUAGGGGGUCUACACAUUCCGAGUGACGGUCUAGCACUCGCUGCACGCGCAACACAAUUGCUCAUCGAAAGAACCCGCAAUGCCGGUGUCCGCUAUCUCGAGUCUACACCUGUCACUGGCAUCGAACGAAGUGGUCGCCGGGUAACAGGAGUGAGGAUACCCAACGGCGUCAUUCCUGCCGAUAUUAUAAUUUCUUGUGCUGGGUUCUGGGGUGUUGAAGUUGGCGCCAUGGUCGGUGUGCCGAUUCCUUUGCUUCCGCUAGCGCAUCAGUAUGCGAAAACAACUGCCGUGCCGGCUCUCGCUGGCCGUCCCAUCAAUGAUCUUCCGAAUGGAAGAAAUGCUGUACGACCUAUCCUACGUCACCAAGACCAUGAUCUAUAUUUUCGCGAGCAUGGUGGCCAAUACGGCAUCGGCUACUACGGUCAUCGUCCCAUGCCAGUCGUCGCCGCAUCGUUGGGAUUAACUUCCAAGCACGUCGAUGAGAAAAACAUGCCAUCCCGCUUGGAGUUCACCAGCGAGGAUUUCGACCCAGCCUGGAAGGAAACACAGGAGUUGUUGCCUGCUCUACGCGACACAGAAAUUGCUGACGGCUUCAAUGGCAUUUUCUCUUUCACUCCGGAUGGUGGCCCCCUUGUGGGACAGGCACCAAAUGUCGAGGGCUUCUAUGUAGCUGAGGCGGUCUGGGUAACGCAUUCAGCUGGUGUUGCACGCGCUGUGGCAGAGGUGCUUACCACAGGCCGAUCUCAGAUCGACAUUUCCGAAUGCGAGCUCUCACGAUUUGAGGAAAUUCAACUCAGCCAUGACUACGUUAGUGAGACCUCACAGCAGAAUUUUGUCGAGAUCUAUGAUAUACUACAUCCCAUGCAACCGAAGGAGUCACCCCGGAAUCUCCGCGUUAGUCCCUUCUAUAACAGAGAGCGAGAGCUGGGUGCUUUCUUCCUCGAGCUUGGGGGGUGGGAGCGUCCAUUCUGGUACGAAUCAAACUCAGAGCUAUUGAAGUAUCUCCCGGCACAAUGGCAGCCUGUCGGACGAGAUGCCUGGUCAGCAAAGUUCUACUCGCCUAUUGCCGCGGUGGAAGCCUGGAAGACACGUAAUGCAGUAGCCAUGUACGAUAUGACCUCGUUUCACCGAUUUGAGGUGUCCGGCCCGGGAUCUAUCGAUCUCCUCCAACGGUUAACUACAGGAGACAUUACUGCCAAGCCGGGGACCAUCACUUACACUCUUCUUCUAAACGAUCACGGCGGAAUUCGCAGUGACAUUUUCGUGUCAAGGCUUAGUGAGGAUGCCUUCCAAAUCGGAGCAAACACGGCCAUCGAUCUGGAAUAUCUGAUUAGAGAAGGCCGUCGUCAAGAACAGCACACCCCGAGCCGAUGGGUCCAGGUCCGUGAAAUUACUGGCAGCACUUGUUGUAUCGGACUCUGGGGUCCUCGCGCCUGGGACGUAAUCAGCACCAUCACCACAGAUGACUUUUCCAACACGGGGCUACCUUAUCUCGGGGUUAAGAGCGCGAAUAUCGCCGGAAUCCCAGUCACGGCUUUCCGGAAGUCCUAUGUCGGGGAGCUGGGCUGGGAGAUCCAGACCAGUUCCCAGUACGGCCAGCGGUUGUGGGAUGCAAUCUGGCAGGCAGGAAAGUGCCACGGGUUAAUCGCGGCUGGCCGUGCUGCCUUUAACGCGUUGCGGUUGGAGAAGGGCUACCGAACCUGGGGCAGUGAUAUGACCACCGAACACAACCCGUAUGAAGCAGGCGUUGCUUCCGCCAUCAAGACGGACAAAAAGGAAGACUAUGUGGGUAAAGCUGCCAUCCAGCGUCUCUCCAAACAGGCACCCACAAGACGUCUGCGCUGCCUCACCGUCAAUGAUGGGCGUUCUAUGGUGCUUGGUAAGGAGCCAGUUUUCCUGAAUGGUAAAGCUGUUGGCUAUGUCACUAGCGCUGCGUUUGGCUUCACGGUUCGAAAGCCCGUCGCGUACGCCUGGUUACCCGCGAGUGUAACAGAGGGCCAUACAGUUGAGAUCGAGUACUUUGGGCGGCGUAUCCCAGCUAUCGUCACAGCAGAGCCACUGUACGACCCGCAAAUGAGCCGACUACAUGCGGACGGCUCAUCAGUGGUACCCGAGAUCCAGAAGCCUCUGAAGAACCUUCUAUAA